UAGCCAUCAUCUGACUAAUUCUCACAUAACUACUCGGAACGUAUUCAACAAUAACGUCAUAAAAUUAAAAAGGAAUAGCGGUGCUACGUUUAUGGAUCGCAUCGAGAGGGGGGCUGGUACAUGGCAGGAUGUCGUCUCGAACCGAGCGCAGUGGGUUUUCUGAAGGCUGCGGCGCGUGCCGCAUGCCAACACCUCUCAUGACCUCGUACGACCCUAUUAAAACAAGUUCCGUCGCCAAAUCGGCAUAGUAUCAUCAGAUCCAACCAUGAGGCUCCUGUGCUCUUGUCUCUGCUUGGCGACGAUUUUAAAAAUCGUUUCGCCCGCGCCCUCCGGCUUCGCUUUUCCGGAUCAGCGUCGCGAAAGGAAAUUAGAACCAGUGAUAACACCUCCCGUCUUGCCUGUUUUAGAACACUUAGAGCGUGAUCCUAGUACGCUGUUGCCACAUGAAAAACGAGCUCAAGUGAAACCCAAAUUCGGUGGUGGCGGUUUUAAUCUGGCUCCUUCAGGCAAUGGUGGACUGACCGCCAGUAUUAGCAGCAGCGGUAGCGGACCUGGGGCCAGUCACUCCGCUUCUCAGUCGUUCUCAUUUGGAUUCAGUGAGGGCUUCAGUGCGUCACACUCGGCCAGUCAGGCGUCAUCAUUCAAUGGUUUCGGAAGUGGUUUCAGCGGCAGUCAAGCCAGCAGCCAAGCCGCCGCAGCCUCGUUCGGAGUUGCCGGUCCAUCAGUCUCAGGAGCCGCCUCGCAAGCCGCAUCCUUCGGAACAGGCUUCGGAAAUAACUUCGGAAGCCAGAGCGCGUCGUCAGCCUUCGGAUUCAAUUCACUUGGUGGAUUCGCUCAACCCAACCCUUCGUUCGGUGAUGGUCUUUUAGACGUCAGACACCGUGGAGUCCCGAACUUUCCUUUCCCAGAGCUUCUAGGGAGAGGCAAAGGUAUCGGCGCGGCUGCGUUCAGAAACGGAAAAUCGAAUAUUUCACCGAGAUUAGGCGACGACUUCGUGACUGUGGUUGUAUCAAAUUGAAAACUCACAGAUAAUAUAUAGGUACCUAAUAUUCUGCGUUUUACGGAGCGGUUUUUGGAUCGUUUUCAAUUUUGCGGCCAAAAAAGUAACGAUUUCAUGAAUUUAAACUUUCUCUAUUUUUCCAUUUUUUUGUAUUUAGG